UGUGCUCUGCCCGCCCUGCCCCGCACCGAGCACGGACACGGCUGCCCUCGCUGCUCUGCCGGGCUGUUCGGGCUGCAAGGGGCCCUCAGCCGCCGGCCCUGCCCGCCGCGGCAGCGGAGCGGCUGUAGCGGCGCUGCCCGGGGAAGGAAGGAGUCCCACCCCGCCGCUCUCCCGUGGGGCGUUGUGAGAUGUCACGGCCCACAGAGCCCUCGCCUUUCAGCCCAGAAAUGCGUAACUAGCACCAGGAAGGAAGAAGGGAUGGGAACCUGCUGAGGAGACACCAGGAGAGCUGCUGGUGGUGGUGCCUUAACAAUGUCAAGUCCGGAGGAACUGGAAGGCUUGGCGUGUUACGGAAGAAGCGUUCGCCUUCCUGGUGCUGUUUCAGGUUUGUGUUUUAGAAAGCCGACGGUGGGCGCUCUGCCGGGAAAUACAGAAACUAGAUACUGCCAUCUGAGAGAGUGGAAUAGGAGCAUCAAGCAAAUAGAUUUGUAUCUUUGAGGUAAUGCCUUACGUGGUUUGAAGAUCUGAGAGGGCUUUCUGUUUGCGUGAGGCAUAAAAGAAAAUGGAAGAAGAUGAGACUUUACAAGGGGAAAGGGAGAGGGCAGAAGGUGAAACAGGUGCUACUGCUGACGUGGGUGGGCAGAUCUCAGUCAGUGAGUUCCUUUGCCACUGCUGUUACGACAUCCUGGUCGAUCCCACCACCCUGAACUGUGGCCACAGUUUCUGUAGGCAUUGCCUGGCCUUGUGGUGGGUGUCAUCCAAGAAGAACGAGUGCCCCGAAUGCAGAGAAAAAUGGGAAGGGUUCCCCAAAGUCAACAUCCUGCUCAGGGAUGUUAUUGAAAAGCUAUUUUCUGAUGCCGUUGAACAAAGAAAAGAAGAUAUUCAACAAAACAGUGAUGUAGCACGCAGCUUAGCAGCCUUCCAAAAAUAUGGGAAUGACCAGAUCCCUACAGUUCCGAACACAGGAAGAUUUAAUCCUCGAGGAGGAGGGUUUUUCUCAGGCGUUCUGACAGCUUUAACUUGUGUAGCAGUAGUUCUACUUGGCUAUCACUGGAGUAGCAGAGAAUUUGAAGAAGAUCAUCUUGUCCACAAGCCUGUUGCUAGAUGGACUGCUGAGGAAGUGAUCCUCUGGCUAGAGCAGCUGGGCCCAUGGGCUUCACAUUACAAAGAAAGGUUUUUACUGGAGAAAGUGAAUGGAAGGCUGCUCCUCACACUCACAGAGGAGGAUUUCACCAAAGAGCCUUACAGUAUAGAGAACAGCAACCACAGGAAAGCCAUCAUGGCAGAGCUGGAAUGUGUGAAAGCUUUAGGUGUUAAACCACCACAGAACCUUUGGGAAUAUAAGGCUGUAAAUCCAGGAAAAUCCCUCUUUCUUCUGUAUGCCCUGAAGAGCUCUCCCAGACUCAGUAUGUUAUACCUGUAUUUGUUUGAUUAUGCAGAAGCUUUCCUACCUUUCAUCCACACAAUUUGUCCUAUGCAAGAAGACAAGCAUGAAGAUGUUUUCACAAAACUACUGGACUUUAAAGAUCCUUCAUGGAAACAAUGGAGAGAAUUCAUUGUAAAAUAUUUAUUUUUGCCAUACCAGCUGAUAGCUGAAUUUGCUUGGGAUUGGCUGGAUGUGCACUACUGGACAUCAAGAUUUAUAAUUGUGAAUGCUAUGUUGCUCUCUGUUCUGGAAUUAUUCUCUUUUUGGAGGCUCUGGUCAAGAAGAGAAUUGAAGACUAUUCCUCACAGAAUGUGGAGAUAUUUCUGGAAAGUCUCAACCCAGGGUCUUUUUGUUGCCAUUUUUUGGCCUUUUAUUCCUCAGUUUGUCUGCAAUUGUUUGUUUUACUGGGCCUUGUAUUUUAACCCCAUCAUAAACAUUGAUCUUGUGGUUACAGAGCUGCGGCGUCUGGAGACACAAGUGCAGUGAUUGCCUUUGGAACUUUUGGGCUCUUUAGCUUCUAAAAAUGGACAUUUGAAAUAAGCUUUGCUUUUCUUUAUGUAUGUGGCAGCAAAAGUGGUGGAUUGUGUUAAUCUAACGUACAAAAAAGCCUUAAGGUAAGUUACUAUUAAACCAGUUGAUUCCAAAUUGGAGGAUGGGCUCUAGUAUCCAAAAGGAAUUUUCCAUUGGAAAAAAAAAAGAAGACAUUCCUGUUUUAGCCACAUAAAAUUCCUACAGUCAUUUUGCCUUAUUUUUGAUCAGAUCAAACUUCUCUGUUCUGAGCAUUCUGUAUAUUUUCCAGCCUGCCUUAAAGGAUUAGGAGCUGCUAUAGUGAUUUCUUUCUUUUUAAAUGUAGCAUUUCAACUCAGUGAUGUGUUCCUCAACUUAAGUUUGCCAAAGGAAUGCCCUUCCUGGAUAGGCUUGAUAUUGAAAGUACAUCAGUUAUUUCAGUCUUUACAUGUAAGGCUGUGACUGUCUCUGCACAGUCUCACAGCAGAGUUUGCUCUAAAAUUCCUGCUCUUGAGGGCAAAGACUUGAGUUUUCUCAUCUUUUGGAAAACGUGGUGAUUGCCAUAGGAAAUCUUUUAUUCAGACCAGUUACACUUCACCAAUAGCUCCUUUAAUGCUUUCCUCUUGAAUUCUGUUGCUAAUUCUUAAAUUCAGGGUUCUCUCUCAAAAAUUAUUGUUUUGGAAAAGUGACCUGACACUGUAAUUACAUCUUACUGCAGUACAAUGUGUGUCUACAUCCGUGAGCAAAUAUUGACUGGAAAGUUAUUUUGUGUAAACAGGAUUGACAUUUGUUAAUGUAUGUUUUUUUGACUGAAGGAAAAUUCAGAUUUUUUUUUUGCAUUCUACAUUGGUUUGUUGUUUGGGUUUUUUCAUUUGUAUCAUUGGUAUGAACUUUAAAUUUGCCUGUGAAUAUUUUGGAAGAUUAAAGAUCUCUUUUGAAAUC